AUGUUCCGCUGGAUCGCCUACUUCUCGACGCAGCCGAUCCUGGUCGCCGACGUGAUCCUUCGCCCAGAGCACGCCAUCGUCAAGCAGAUCGACGAGCACUACUUGCCGGGCAUUCAGGCGCCGGCGUCGGACGGUGGCGGGCCCAACAGCUUCACCAACGUCGACGGCUUCGGCAUCGGCUGGUACUCGUCCGUCCCGAACCGCUACCGGAUCCACGACACGCCGCGCGAGCAGUACCCGCACCCGCCGCUCGAGCCCGUCGUCUACCGCAACAUCCUCCCGCCGAUCCACGACCUCAACCUGCACGGCCUCGCCAACGCCAUCGAGAGCUCGACCGUCUUUGGGCACGUUCGCGCGACGGUCGGGUCGCCAGUUGCCGUGGCCAACUGCCACCCUUUCCGAGCAGGCCGGCUUCUCUUCAUGCACAACGGCGCCGUCGGAGGCUUCAUCGACGCCCAGGUCCGCAUUCUGUCGAGGCUCUCGCACUCGGCGAGGCUCACGAUCCAGGGCAACACCGAUUCUGAGCAUGUCUUUGCCCUCUUUUUCACCUACUUGGACCCGCACGGCCCGUGGAUGCGCGACUACCGCCCUCAAGAACUCGAGGACGCACUCGAACACACGGUCUCGACGCUCAUCACGGCAUGCGAGCCCGCACGAGGCUGGCUCGAGGGCGACGGGAGGACCGUGCGCAGCUGGCUCUCGCUCAACGUCGCCGUCACGGACGGCUCGUCCUUCCUCGCCUUGCGCUUCGCCCAUCCGCCCGAGCGCGAACCUCCUUCCCUCUACUACUCGAGCGUGGGCGGCAGUGCACUCGACCGCCGAUAUUGCUCGCACCCGGACGGCGGGCCAGACGUCGGCGACCGGCCCCGCACAGAGCACGAGCCGCACGUCGUCGUCGCGAGCGAGCCAAUGACGAGGGCCAAGGGCGACGACUGGACCUUGAUGCGGCCCGGCGACCUUUUGACCACGUCGCACGCCGAGCUCGACCUCGUCUCUCGACAUCGCGUACAGCAACACCGGCGCGGCACUGCCAUCAACAAGGGCUGGUUCGAGCCACGCGUGCGGCCCCUCUUCCUCGACCACGACAUCCUCUCGCCCAAGCACGCGAGCCGGGUUGUCGCACAGCCAGCGCCCGUCUCUUCGAGUCACGGCACGCCGGCUCUCGUGCGCCGUGCGCGCCGAGACUCGGUCGCUCAAGUCUAUGCCGACCCGAGGCUCGCUCGCUCGCCUCAAGAACACGCACGCCGACGCCGCCCAGUCUCGACCUCGGGCUCGGACCGCUCAACCUUGUCGUAGCUGUUUUUGCAACUCCUCGUUCUCUCUG